GCUUUUGGUGCCGUCUCUGCCAUGUCAGACCGAAACUGCAUCUACUCAAGUGGCAGAUAUACCGAGGAGCUUAGCAGAGAAGAUAUGCUUUCUUGCUGUGGUCGUUUCUGCGGCCUCGGCUGUGAAGGUGGAUACCCAUCUCGAACAUGGAAAUACUGGAUAGAAUCUGGCAUUGUAACCGGAGGAGCGUAUCAAGCCGAAGACAGCUGCAAGCCUUACGAGUUUCCGCCAUGUAGCCACCACGUCAACAGCACAUACCCACCUUGCGGAGCACUGUAUCCGACACCAAAAUGCGUGAAAACUUGCCAGACGGACUAUGGCAAGUCCUACACAAAAGAUCUGCACUCUGGUGAGAUUACACUAAAGAUACCCAAAACAUGUUCAUUGGUUUUUCAAGUUAAGGGUGAGGAGAAGAUAAUGAUGGAGCUUAUGAAAAAUGGGCCCUUGGAAGCGGUAUUUGACGUGUAUGGCGACUUUAUGAAUUAUAAAUCUGGCGUCUAUCAAGACGAGGCCGGUGAAUACAUAAAUCCACAUAUAGUGAAGCUGAUUGGUUGGGGCGUUGAGGAGAACACUAAAUAUUGGCUUUGGAUUAACUCAUGGAACAAUGUAUGGGGAGACAAUGGGUUAUUUAAAAUCAUCCGUGGUGUAGAUAAGUGCAGAAUCGAGAGUGAUCAACUCGGUGGAGUGACUAAAGUUUAG